UGGGUGAGGGGGUUUCCUAAACAGACAGGACUGGGAGGCAUUACUGGUAGCCAUGGCACAUACACCUUAAUAACUCAGUAAGCCAGCCAAGCAGGUAGGUCACCAGCCAGCCAACGAGCCAGCCACGCAGGUAGGCAACCACACCCUCUCUGGGUUUCGUCUUGGUUUGAGGGGGUGUGGUUAGAAGCCUCCCAGCCCUCCAUGCACACACAGGAGGAGCGCUGUUCACCUGAGGGGCAGGACCAGCUGCUACCUCAGACUUCACUAACGACGCACCAGGCUACAGGUGUGACUGGAUCCCUGCACACCAGGCUUUUCACCGAAAGGAUCUCUCCCAGGCACCAGAACACCAGAUUACCAGACUUCCGGAGGGUUCCGGACACAGCUACCCGUCCACCGGAGGACGAGACAGAUGAGAUGAGAUACCAGACGAGAUGGCAGAGCGUGGAGUAACUGACUACUAAGGAAUUGUUCCCGCUGAAAAAGGUUAUUUGAGGAGGAGAGAUCAGGUCAAAGAGGGUUCCGGAACAGAACAGUGACUCAGCGGACCAUCCGAGUUUCACAACUCCCAACAUCAGAAUCAGGAGUGACAGGUUGUGACCUCUCCUGUUCAGAGUUCCACACCCUUCUCCGAAAUUCCAGCGCCAUGAAUGUAUCCCUGGACAACCCUUACGGCAACGUGACCAUCCCCCGUGCCAAGCUGAAGAGCGCAGAUGACAGCACGGUCAUCGUUAACCCCAUGGCCCUGGAGUCCACAUACAACGCCAAGGCCUCCCAAAACCCCUACGCAGCCGACCCAGCGGCGAACGGCGAGUCGGCCCAGGGCCCGCCCGGGUACGACGGCAGGAAGUCGUACACGGUGAGGGACGACGAGGAAGAGGAGGUGGGCCGCUGUCCCGCCUGCUGCUACCGCUGCAGACGGAAGAAGUGAAUGGUCAACCCUCCUCCCCGCCACGGCCCGGUCCCAAACACACCAGGACUGCUUCCUCCUUCCCUCGUUUCCUUCCUCCCUUUCUCCCCUCCUGAAGACGACUUCUGUCGUCGUGCCAUCAGAUCAUGUCCGAUGAGGGACCUCACCCAGGAAAGGAGGGAGGGAGGAAGCCUUGUCAUUCCACCAGGAUCCGGAGCAACCCUGCCACCAUAAACCUCUCCUGGGAAGCCCCACACGGUGACGGAGCAAGGACGACUGUCCAGCAUGCUGUUGCCAGGGUACCACACAGGCUAUCUCAGAGGCAGUGGCCAAUGGGACGUUUCUCUGAUCCCAUAAUAGAGAAAACCCGAAGAAGAUCAAAUGGAUGUAAGCCUGCAACAUGGCACUCUCGCAAAGACGUUCCAAAAGCCUCUGACUUCACAAAGACUCUAUUUUUGUCUGCUAUCUCUGUCAACAUGACAUGUCAACGUGUCCUUUAUUCAGCAAAUGAAAAUGUUUAUUUAUACCUCAGCACUUUUCGCUAUGAGGAAGUGUUUUACCCUGUCAGAGAUUGUAUGAUGUCAGGACUGCUGUCAUUGACCCAAAUAGGGGUAGAUAUGAAGCACCUGUCUGUUUUAAAUGUGUGGAAGACAGUUCAGAACCAAUGAAGUAAAUAUCCGACUUGGAGAACAGCUACGUUGUUGCCUAUUAGUGAGUCAUUCUUGAACCAACCCAUUAUUAACCUUCUGGAUCUAAAAAGAGAACAAGCAGAACCGGGGGAGGGAGGUCAAACUGAAUGUGUUGGUUUCUGUUUUCUUCCUUCUUGGAACAGAAACACACACUCGACAUUGUUUUGUAUCACUGUUCCAAACUACUCAACGCGACUCUGCACUCCUCACCCGGUCCUGCUGAUGACUCACAAUGAUGCCUUUGUCAGAGUCGGCAUACAAUACCAGAGGCCUCUCUGAGAGUGUGUGAGUGUGUGUGUAUACGUGCAUGCUUGGUAGACAGCCCUUUACUGUGGACAAACAGCAUGAUACCGAGAGGCCUGAAGAUAGACUUAAAUCAGUGCUCGGUUGUUCUGACCAUGUCUUACUGAGUUUGAUGUAUCUUUCCUGGUUUGCCCUGGGUCAAUAUUGAUCCCUGCAGUAGAACAAGGCUGUAUGGCCCGUGUCUCUCCUCUGGUACCUCCUGCUCAGCUCCUGGAGGAGGAGGCACUGAGGCACUGCUUGCAUGGCAGACAGUCUGUUCUCACUGUCGAGCACCAUCACACUCCAAGCAAGGUGCUGUUUAUCCCAUCCUAGCUCCAAGAAGAUAUAUAUAUAUAUAUAUAUAUAUAUAUAUUUGUCUAUCCCCAAAUGCACAACUUCAAAUGUUUUUAUGAUGAAGCUGCAGCUGCUGAUGAAAUAAAAAUGCAAUCGAUACGUAGAAUGUGA